AUAGAUAUUGAUCAAAAGAUUCAAAACAAAUUACUACUACUACAACGCAAAACCUCAUGACGCCUACAGCGAGCAGCGAGCCAAUCACAGCGCGCCACGUCAUUGCCGUGCCGUAUCCCGGCAGAGGCCACAUCAACCCAAUGAUGAACCUCUGCAAGCUCCUCGCGGCCUCCGACCCCGAUCUCCUCAUCACCGUCGUCCUCACCGAGGAGUGGCUCGGCUUGAUCGGCGCCGAGGAGAGGCCGCCGAGCAUCCGCUUCGCCGCCAUCCCCAACGUGCUCCCGUCGGAGCUGGAGCGCGCCGCCGACAUGCCCAGCUUCGUCGGCGCCACGCAGAAUAAGAUGGCCGAGCCGUUCGAGCGCCUCAUGGAUCGGCUCAUCGAGCCGAUCCAUUUCCUGAUUGCGGACACGUUUUUGUUCUGGGCGGUUGAUUUCGGCAACCGGAGGAAUAUUCCGGUGGCGUCGCUCUGGCCGAUGCCGGCCUCCGUGUUCUCGGUGUUUUACCAUUUUGACCUUCUCAGAGGAAACGGCCAUCACCCGUUUCGCUUAACCGAAAAAGGGGACGAACGGAUUGAUUACAUCCCGGGGAUCGGCUCAAUCCGCCUCGCAGACCUUCCAUCGAUCGUCUCGAUGAAAGAUCAACGCCUUCUCGGUCUCGCCCUACGAGUUUUUACCAACAUAUCAAAAGCUCAAUACCUUUUGUUUUCUUCAAUCUACGAGCUGGAAUCCCAAGCAAUAGAAGCACUAAAGCAAGAGUUCUCAUUCCCAAUAUACACUUUUGGUCCAACCAUACCUUACCUCAAUCUCGAAACUCCUACAUCUUUCUCAACCAACGAAAGUGAUGAUAAUGAUCACAACUACCUUGAGUGGCUCAACUCCCAAACACCGAGCUCGGUUCUGUACGUCUCGUUGGGGAGUUUCCUCUCGGUCUCUCAUGCCCAAAUGGACGAGAUAGCAGAUGGACUAUUAGCGAGUGGCGUGAGGUUUUUAUGGGUAGCUCGUGGGGAGGCGAAGAGGCUGCAAGAGCGGUGUGGGGAGGCCGGGAGAGUCGUGCCUUGGUGUGAGCAGCUCAAGGUGCUGUGCCAUCCUUCUGUUGGGGGGUUCUGGACGCACUGUGGAUGGAAUUCGACUAUGGAAUGUAUCUUCAGUGGAGUGCCGAUGAUUUGCUUUCCUUUAAUGAUGGAUCAAACCACGAUUCGGAAACAUGUGGUCGAGGAUUGGAAGAUCGGAGUGGAUGGAAAGAAGGAUUUGGCGUACGGGGAAAUACUGACGAGCGCGGAAGUUGCCAAGAUCGUGAAGGAGUUCAUGGAUCCGGCUAGCCACGAGAGGGGGGAUAUGGCGAAACGAGCGAGGGAGUUUAGAUGUUGGAUAUUUGAUGGACUCUUAUUGGGCUGUGAUUAUUUGUUGAGCCCAGAUGUUAUUAAUUGGGUUGAGCCCAAUUACUUAGUCCCUCUCACCAGAUGCUGCCACGUGUCCUCUCCUUGGAUGGUUGUGUCCUAA